AUGAACCUAAGCUUCUUUGACCAAUUCUCCAGCCCAUCCCUACUAGGGAUCCCUUUAAUCCUCAUCUCAAUAACAUUCCCAGCACUCUUACUACCCUCCCCCAACAACCGAUGAAUCACCAACCGACUCUCAACCCUUCAACUCUGAUUCAUCAACCUCAUCACAAAACAAUUAAUAAUUACAUUAGACAAAAAAGGACACAAAUGGGCCCUCAUCUUGACAUCCCUAAUAAUUUUCCUCCUACUAAUCAACCUACUAGGCCUGCUACCCUACACAUUCACCCCAACCACCCAACUAUCUAUAAACCUAGCCCUAGCCUUUCCCUUAUGACUAGCCACCCUCCUAACAGGCCUACGAAACCAACCCUCCGCCUCCCUAGGGCACCUUCUACCAGAAGGCACUCCCACACCCCUAAUCCCAGCCCUCAUUCUAAUCGAAACAACCAGCCUCCUCAUCCGCCCCCUCGCCCUAGGAGUACGACUCACAGCCAACCUCACAGCAGGCCACCUCCUCAUCCAACUCAUCUCCACAGCCACAAUAGCCCUAUCCUCAACAAUACCAGCAGUCUCACUCCUAACCCUCCUAGUCCUAUUCCUACUAACCAUCCUAGAAGUAGCUGUAGCCAUAAUCCAGGCCUACGUAUUUGUACUUCUACUAAGCCUCUACCUACAAGAAAACAUCUAA